AAGACUGGAUCUUUCUUGCUUUCGAUUUGAAAUAUGAUAACGACUAAUAACGACUUUUUAAGUUAUAAAAUGAUAAAGUGAUUUUGAUUGACGUUGUGCAAAGUAUGUUUUAAAUAAUUUUAAAUUAGAAAAAAAGAUGUCUGACAAGGGAAUGAAAAAGGAUGAGAAAUCAAGAAUCCGAAAAGCCCCACCGGUUCGGCAAACAUUGACUUCUGUAUACAGAAUGGUUAAAGCCAAUCCAUCGUUAAUGUAUGAAAAACAGAGGAAGGAUGAAUUAAAACUUGACAAAAUCUCAUUGCCACCCUCUGUUAGUUUGGGGUAUGUUCCAAUACAGGUUAAAGAGAGAAGAUUUGCUCCGUGUCAGAACCCACUAAUAAAAAACUAUUCCAAUUGUAAGUCAAUAAACAUGACACAGCAAAGUACGAUUAAACCAAAUAUAAAUAAAAGUCAGGCAAAGCCAAUGUCCAACAGCAUAUUGAAAGAGAAACCCAAAACAGCUGCAUUGCAAAAUGAUAAUUUCAAAAAGCCUGCUAUUCAUGAGGCCCGUCCUAAAAAUAAAAAGAUCAAACCUAUCCGUAGGUCACUCUCUGCACAGCAUUUCAACAGAAAGAAGCUUAUUGCAAAAUCAACUGCUGAAGAGAAACUGUCGAAAGCAGAUGUAACACAGUCUAUGGAAAAUAUUGAUGAGAUAGGACUAUCAUUGAUUUCUGAAUGUUCUCCUAUCAAGCAGGAGGUGUUAACUCAAAUAACUUUCAAGACUCCAACUGCUUAUAAGAGGAGGAGCCAAUCUUUUAAAACACCCACAAGAAUGAGAAAAUUAGGCCAUCAGUCAACACCUGGACCAGGCUUGAAUGAUCUGCAAAGCUGCUUAAAUGAUUGGCUCAAAAAAAGAGGCAAACCAAUGAGUACAUUCCAUCACUUGAAAUACUUCUCAAGAGAUAAAGUUACACAAGAUAAUGAAGAUAAAGAAAAUGAGGCUGAAACUAUUGAACUUCAGAUCAAAGAUGCUAUUGAUGUGAAACCAUCCCAGCUAGUUUCAAUUGCCAAACAUGCUUUGGGUGAUUUAAAUCAAUUGAUCUUAGAUUCAUAUCCUCUGACAUUAUGUGAGAUCUGGUUGGGAACCAUCAGGCAGAGAUAUAAAGAGAUAGAGGAGGAUCCUCAAUAUUGGGAAUGCAGAGCUUCUAUUGAACAGACCAGGGGUAACAUUAGUUCUGCUGUGGAAUGUUUCAAGACUGCUAUUAUCAAAGGGGCAGAGGUGAAAACAAUAGAUAAUUCACUAGAUAAGUUGUUGGAAAAAUUUAGUUUGUUAAACAAAGACGCAAAUGUAUCUGAUGAUGAGAAAUGUAGAUCAAGUAUAAUGAAAGAGGCCAGGAACGUCUUCAAGUCGUGUAUCAUCCAGUUUGCGAUCCAAGAACGGAAAAUAAAGAAGGACCAAGAAAACGCACACGAAUAUAUUACUCCCGUAAGACGAAGUGCACGACUGUCUUGUGUCCAAGGUCAAGUGCCGGCUGUGAAAGAUUCCAAUUCAUUCAAUGAAAAGAUGAAUCGAUUAGAGGCAGUAUGAUAUUUCAGGGCAACAGUUAUUUGCAUUGAUUUUUAUUUCUCUUAUUUUAAUAUGUUUCAUUUUAGAUGAUAUUUAUUUUAAGCUUUUCAU